AUGAGUGACUCUUUAUUCUCAUUUCUUAAAAUAUUAUUGAUAUGGUCUGCUAUACGAUAUGCCAUCGAUAAAAUUUCAUUUUGCUAUGCUAUAAAUCAUACUGUCUAUCCUGAAUGGCCUGGUUUAACCGCCCAAGAACUGAAUGGGAUUCGUUCUCAAAGAGAUUUGAUGAAUAAUGUCACCAUUGACCAAUUACCCUUGGUCGGAGUAAAUUUACAACAGGUAUUGUUCAACAGCAGAAGUGAAGCUAUUGGAAAUCAAACAAAUACAGUAUCUAGCCUGAAUGGGACUUAUCUUUUGGAUUCAUUCACCUCUCUUCUUGAGUCAGGUGUGCAGGGCUUUGUCUUAGAUAUCGAAUUGCAAAACGGUAUUUGGGUCAUAGUCGAUACACCACUCUCAUUUGAAACCUUUCUGACUACAUUGCAUUCACAUAUCUUGGAAACUGAUAACACUUUGUUUGCAUCUCUUUUGGUUAUGUUUCUACGAAUAUCAAGUAUUUCUAACGAAACUAACUCCUCCUCGAUUCACUCCACAACCCCUACACAAAAUCUCGCAGAUAUACUAACUCAACAGGUUGGUAGUUCAUAUAUCUAUACACAAGAUGACUUGCUCUCUCAUAACAGCUUAGGUGUUUCUGGAUUGAAUAGUACCACCCCUGAAUGGCCUACAUUAAAAGAAUUUCUUUACGGCAGUCAUAAAAGGCUAUUCAUAGCUGAGCUUUCAACGAAUUAUUUGAGCACCUCAUCAUACGUUUUUCCUAAUUCGUUGCUGCAUUAUGAUAUUGAUAAUGCCACAUUAUCCUGUCCACAAAAUAUGGGAGAAUUCAAAAAUGUACAAAAUAUUUCUUGGAAGUUUUUGGAAUCUUCAUUCACAGACACCGAUAUCUCAGAGUACAUAUCAUGUGGGUUAUCUCCAAUUAUAAGCAAUAGUUUUGAUGUGACUAAUCUGACCGAAAUUCUCUCGUUGCUUGAUAAUAGCGUUGUUUGGUCAUGGGCCAAUGGUGAACCUAGAUACGUUAAUAGUGAAUCCGAUAUGGGGAAGGACCCUACUCAAGCUUAUAACUGUGCAUCAUUAACUUUUAAUUCCUACAACAGUUCAAUGGACUGGAAGGUAAUCAAUUGUUAUAACUCUAAAGGGGGACUUUGCCAAAAAAAUGAUGAUGAAUACACGUGGCUUGUAAGUAAUGGUGAUAAAGAUUCUUACAUCGAUUUCUACAAAAAAGCAGAUAUAAAUUGUCCAGAAGGUUAUCAUUUUUCGUUGCCAGUAACCCCAUUACAAAAAAGAUCAUUGAAUUUGCACUUAUCAAAUUCAUCUGACAAUGAUGAUUUAGAAGUUUGGAUAAAUAUAAAUUCUUUGGCGGUAAGUAAUUGCUGGGUGACAGGAGGAGCUUCUACACAAUGUCCCUAUCAAACCAACAUCUCCAAGAGAAGUUUUGUCGGAAUGAUGGCUCCUUUGGCUGCAUGCGCCUUUGUAUUGCUAGUCAUUGUGGUAUAUUUAAGUCUAGUAAGUGUUCCUAUUCAUGACAAUAGGAAAAAUUGGAGAAGAGUCAUUAAUAAGGUUUCGAAAUCUGAAUUUGAAGGUGUCCCUACCUGA